AUGGCUGAAGCAGUUGUGUCGUUUGGACUUGAGAAGCUUUGGGAGCUUCUGAGUCGAGAAUCUGAGAAAUUGCAGGGAGCCCACAAGCAAGUUGCUGAGCUAAAAACUCAGCUGGGAAGGUUGCUUUCCUUGUUGAAAGAUGCAGAUGCCAAGAAAAUUGAAAGUGAAAGGGUGAGAAACUUCUUGGAAGAUGUCAAAGACAUUGUUUAUGAUGCUGAAGAUUUGAUCGAAACUUUUUUUAUGAAAGAAGGACGAGGGAAAGAGAAAGGGAUUAACAAACAGAUUAGAAAACUUACUUGUACCUUAGUGGAUCGCCGGAAAGUGAUUUCAGAUAUCAAAGGCAUAACUAAGAGGAUAUCUGAGGUGAUUGAGGGGAUGCAAAGUUUUGGAAUACUAGAGAUGAUUGAUGGUGGGCGUUCACUGUCUUUUCAAGAGAGUCAAACGGAGAUCCGACGAACAUACCCUAACAACUCUGAAAGCGAUCUUCUUGGGGUGGAGCAGAGUGUUGAAGAGUUGGUUGGUCAUCUGGUGGGUAAUGAUGACAUUCAAGUGGUGUCUAUAUCCGGGAUGGGCGGUAUUGGUAAAACCACUCUGGCCAGACAAGUUUUUCACCAUGACAUUGUACGACGUCAUUUUGAUGGGUUUGCAUGGAUUUAUGUUUCGCAACAGUUUACACAGAAUCAUGUUUGGCAGAGGAUCUUGCAAGAUCUUAGACCAGAGGAUGGGGAGAUGUUACAGAUGGAUGAGUAUACACAACAAGGUAAACUCUUUCAAUUGUUGGAAACCGACAGAUAUUUGAUUGUCCUGGACGAUAUAUGGAAAGAAGAAGACUGGGAUCGAAUAAAACAAGUGUUUCCACAGAAAAGAGGUUGGAAGAUGUUACUUACUUCCCGCAAUGAGGGUGUUGGUUUACAUGCAGAUCCAUCAUGUUUUUCCUUUAGACCAAAAACCCUUACUCCUGAACAAAGUUGGAUUCUAUGCGAAAGAAUAGCAUUUCCUGGGAAAGGCAAAGCAGAGUUUAGGGUUGAUGAAGAAAUGGUAGCUAUGGGUAAGGAAAUGGUUGCAUACUGUGGAGGACUACCUUUAGCCAUUAAAGUGUUGGGAGGGUUGUUAGCUACCAAACAUACAAUGAUCGAGUGGAAAAGAGUGUAUGACAACAUUGGAACUCAGAUCGUAGGAGGAUAUGGCUUAGAUGACAAAAAUCUCAGUUCAGUUAAACGAGUUUUGUCUCUGAGCUAUGAAGAUUUGCCAAUGCAGUUAAAGCACUGCUUCCUUUACCUGGCUCAUUUCCCUGAAACCUACAAGAUAGAUGUGGAGACACUGUUUUACUACUGGGCUGCAGAAGGACUAAUAACGACAUAUGAUCGAGCAACCAUUCAAGGUAUUGCAGAAGGUUACCUAGAAGCGCUGGUGAGAAGAAAUAUGGUCAUCGCUGAAAGAAGCUUUUCGACUUCGAGAUUUGAAUCUUGUCAUAUGCACGACGUCAUGCGAGGAGUUUGUUUGUCUAAAGCAGAGGAAGAUAACUUCCUAAAAAUCGUCAAGGUUCCUACAUCUACCUCUACCAUCAAUGCUCAGUUCCGUAGUAGCUGUCGCAGACUGGCCAUACAUAAUGGUGAUGCAUUUGAAACGUUGGGACUUGAAAAGUUUAAGAAAGUUAGAUCGCUUUUGUUUUUCAUGACCAAGAAAGAAGCUUCUUGGAUACAAUCAACUUCACGUUUCGGGAGUUUACCGUUGCUCAGGGUGUUGGAUCUUUCUAGAGCCAAGUUUCAAGGAGGGAAAUUACCAUCCAGCAUUGGAAAGCUUGUGCAUCUGAGAUUCUUGAGCCUGUACAAGGCUGGAGUAUCUCAUCUUCCUUCUUCUCUACGGAAUCUGAAGCUUCUGCUUUAUCUCAACCUAGGUGUCGGUGGGGUAUCAGUUCAUGUGCCAAAUGUCUUGAAAGAAAUGCGAGAGCUGAGGUACCUUUUCUUACCUUUUUUGAUGGAUGAUAAAACAAUGUUGGAGCUAUGUGAUCUGGUGAACCUAGAGACAUUGAUCGGCUACUCAACAAAGAACAGUAGCGUGAAUGACUUCCUUUGUAUGACUAAGCUCAGGACUCUCAUCGUCCAUUCCCUUGAUGGGUGUACUUUGGAAACUCUAUCUUCGUGUCUCUGUGAAUCGAGAGAGCUUGAGCAGCUUUCAUUACAUGAGGUCAAGCAAGAUGGGCAUGAUGAAGGAAGAUUUGUUUUUGAUUUCAUUCAUCUCAAAUCUCUGGUGUUGGCCAUUCGGAUGCCAAGGUUUUCUGAUCAACAUAGAUUUCCUUCAAACCUUGCACACAUAUGUCUUCGGUAUUGCCGCAUGGAGGAGGAUCCGAUGCCGGUUCUUGAGAAGUUGCUUCACUUGACGUUGGUUGAACUAUCAUAUUGUGUUUUCACUGGGAAGAGAAUGCUGUGCUCGAAAGGCGGGUUUCCUCAGCUGUGUGUGCUAAAAGUGUGUGGACAAGAGGAGUUGGAAGAGUGGAUAAUAGAACAAGGCUCCAUGUCGUGUCUUCAUACCUUGACUAUAAUUGCAUGCAGAAAACUGAAGGAGCUUCCUGAUGGGCUCAGAUACAUAACAUCUUUAAAGGAACUGACAAUUGUAUACUGGAAUGUGAGAUGGAAGGAGGAGUUGUCUGAAGGAGGAGAAGACUACUGCAAAGUCCAACACAUUCCUCUUGUCCAAGUCGUGGCAACUGAACCGUAUCAAGCAAAUCUCUGCUGA